UUGAAAUCGAGGUCAGGACACGACCACGGUCUGCUCGUCGUCAUCGUCCAAGUCGGUAUCUUUUUCGUUGUCCACGUCGUCGCCGCCAGCCUGAUGCGCGCCGUCUUCAUUGCAACUAUAUUCUGUCGUGUAUCCCUCGGCAGACUUCUGCACUCACUUCCAGAAGACACUUAUGCUUUCCCUAAAUACAAAGUCUCCUUCUUGAAUAAUCUUCCCAUCCUCAACCAAACUGCUGAACGAUGGAUUGAGCAUGGCCUCGACGGCGGUGAGGCGCAGUUUCUCGACCAGCCGUAUAAUGUGCAGUCUCAGUCGAUUGAGUCGGGGGAUGCAGAGGAACCGACCCUAAAAAUUCAAGAAAGAUAUUCUCUAGAACACAUGAAAUUAGGGCCACGCAAUUCUUACCUAUGUUUGAUACCGCCGCCACUUCUCCCGCCUUCCGAGUCUCCCUUGUCUCCUUCCCAGGAAGAGGAUGUCACACCCGCACACAGCUGGUCUCUCCUUCAGCCGCUUUCUGGGAGCUGUCUCUACCACCGCCAGGGCUGGUUCACCUACUCCUACUGUCACAACAACGAGAUUCGUCAAUUCAAGGAACUGAUGCACGGCCAUGCGCAUGCUACGACUCCAGGUGGUUACAAGCCAGAAGAGGACCCCAAGUGGGAAUCUUACACCCUAGGCAGAGCACCGCCUGCAAGCACCGAUGUUGCCCUUCGGGAAGGGACCGUCGAGCUGGCGCGCGGGGCCGGGUCGCGCUACCUUGUCCAAAGAUGGGGUGAUGGCACAAUUUGUGAUAAAACAGGCAAGAGUCGGGAAGUGGAGGUACAGUUUCACUGUUCGAUGGCUAUGUCGGACACUAUCCUGUUCGUCAAAGAGAGCAAGACUUGCUCCUACGUGCUAGUUAUCAACACUCCCAGACUUUGUGGGGAACCUGGCUUCAAGUCACGAAGAGACGUGACUGAGCAAGGUAUUAUCAGAUGUCGGGAGGUCGUGCGUGAGAUGCCCAAUCCGCUUCCGGCCAUAGAAUCAACACUGGAUUUUCCCCACAAGCUUGCGAGGGUGAAAGCCGAGUUGCCGCCCGCUCCGGUGAAAAAAGUGAAGGGCGGUGGUGAGGCUUACGAUGACCUCUUGCGGAGGGCAGUGGAUGUGCUGUUUGGUUCGGGCGGCAAGGUAGGUGAACUUGAGCCAGGAAAGGUAGUUGUAUCCGAUGAUGGAGAAGUCGUCGUGGAAAUCGUUGAAGACCUGGACAAUCUCGAUGUCAGGCAAGGCGAUGGCGCCCUUGCGGACCGGCUGAUAGACGCACUUCGUGUGGCUGGGAUAGAGGUCGCCACUCAGGGAGAGGAAGAAGAGGAAGAGAGGGUUCGUGAUGAGCUCUAACUCUGAUCUAGGCAGAGAUUUGUCUUCUUGCACGUAAAGCCCUCCCUAUGAGCUUUCCAGGACGAAGAAUUCAUAGCAUCAUCUCUCGACGCUAGAAGUAAUUCAGCUGAAUUUUCUUAUUGACGUCUCUCUCGCCACCGCCGUGAACUAAACGUAGGCCUAGGUCUCCUUCAAGAAAGUUGAA